AUGGUUCAGGCUAUAUUCGAACGUUUACAGUCAUACACGAUGGCUCGGAAGGAUACACGGACAAAACUGGCCAGAAGUAAGAGCGCGGCUCGAUCUCGCGCACCACAUGCUACUGGGCGAGACAUGACACGACGGCCGUAUGAAAUCACCACCAUCGUGCUGGGAGCCACUAAGGUAGGAAAAUCGGCGUUGGUGUCACAGUUUCUCUGGGAGCGUUUCCUGACCGAUUAUCGGCCAACUGUUGAGGAAUUCAACUGGAUUGAGUAUGAUGUCGAAGAAGGCAGUGCACUAAUGUUACAGAUCAUUGACUCGAGUGGAUCUCAUGAUUUCCUCGCUAUGCGGCACUUCUACAUUAGGACUGGCGAUGCAUUUUUGGUCGUAUUUUCUAUUGACGAUGCGUCAUCACUUGAUGAAGCGAAGAAGAUCAUCGAGGAAAUCGAAGAAGAACGCAAGAAAAAGGUCCCAAUAGUGUUGGUAGCGAACAAAUGUGAUCUUUACGAAGAUGUGAUGGAUUGGAACGCGAAAGGGUCUCACCAGUACGCUUACACUCGAGCGAUUCCUAUUGUGGAGUGCUCAGCAAAGAACCAUACAGAGGUGACAGAAGCGUUCAAAGAGCUGCUCGAACGACUCCGGGAUCAGAGUCGGAUCGGCAUCACAGAGAUGAGGAAGCGCAGGCAAUCAAUGCCGAGUACACGUGCCUACAGUGGAAUCGACGUAGCUGAUGUAGAACGUCUGAAAGGAAAGCAGAAAUCAGGAUGUGUGAUCUCAUGA